CUCACUCUGUAGCCAAGAUGUCGCUUCACUGCUCUGUCCUUGUCACCAUCGCUCUCUGUGCUCUCUUUGCCUGCCUGAAUCCGACUGUCGGUCGGCCUGUACCUCGCCCCGACACGGUCCGUGCUGUCCGUGCCAACGCUGCCGAUGUCGGCCUCGGCAACUCGACCCAGUGGCAGCGGUGCGCCAUGACCAUGCCGAUUUUUUCUCCGCCCAACGGCGUGCCGGCGUGCGUCGGGCUCUACGCCAACGCUUCGACUGCCGCCAUCGAGGUCCAAGUUGAGUUCAACGGCGCGUUCUUGGCCCUGGGAUCUAUCGCACCCAAGUCGGCACUGCCCGCACGGGUCUGCGCCCCGCAGAUGGCCAUGGCGGGCAUUCUCUCCAACCUCUCGCCCGUCAUGGCCGAGACCAUCUCGUUGCUCGAGAGCAUGAACAACGGCCAGCUGCCGCCAGGCACCAUCGUCCUCUGCGCCGUCAUCAACUCGGCCACAUGGUCUUCUUCGGGCAUCAACGGCGACGCCUCACUCGACGCCCGCUUUGUCUGCAUGACCCCCUCCCGUUGCGCUUUUACCGCCGAUCCGGACUUUGGCACCUUUUCCUCCCGUUUGCCUAGCUGCUUCCGAUGAAGUCUGACCACGACGUAAAGUAGCCACGGCACG